AUGACUGCGUAUCGUGAGUUCGAAGCCCUUCAUCGCCAGGCGUUGUGGGAGUCUACUCAUGUGCUCCCGAUCAUCGUGGGUCCAAGUCGCGCGAAAGACGCUGAAUUGAGCAUCUUCUGUGAAGAAAGGCGUCGUCGGCGUUCCCGAUCGAGCCACCGGUGGAAGGCUGUACUCCGGAUUGUGCUGGAGGGGUUGGUUGGGGGUCAGUGUGACCUCGACAUCCUGUUGGACCCCUUCUUCCUGCACUUUCCAGGACGUUAA